CCCCGGUGGCGGCGGCGGUGAGGUCGCACUUCAACGAGUGCCCGGACUCGCACCGGCAGUUCUGCUUCCACGGCACGUGCCGCUUCCUGGUGCAGGAGGAGAAACCCGCCUGCGUGUGUCACUCGGGGUACGUGGGGACGCGCUGUGAGCACGCUGACCUGCUGGCCGUGGUGGCAGCCACCCAGAAGAAGCAGACCAUCACUGCCCUGCUCGUGGUGGCCGUGGUGGCCUCGGCCCUGCUCGUCACCGUCUGCGUCCUGGUCCAGAGAAACCGGGGGGGCUCCUCAAGGGGGGAGAGUCCUGCUGCCACAGCGAGACAGGUGUGUGACAGACCCGGGACCACCUGGGGACACCUGGGGACACCCCAGGACCGUCCCCUCCCUCCUUCGGAUCCUUUUUGGGGCGUUUUCCCCUUUUCCCGCCGUUUCCCCGGGGUCUCCCUCGACUCUCGGGUCGUUUUCCCGGGACUUUUCAAACCCGAAUAUUUGGGAUUUUAACCCAAACCCCCGCCAGGAUGGGGAUUUAUUUUUCUACAGAAAAGAAAAAAAAAACCCCAAGCCCGGCUCAUUUUUGGGGACAAAUCCCCAGCUUUUUAUUAAUAAUAAAUGAAUUUAAAUCCCAGGAAACCUCCUCAGGCUGGAGGCACAGCCUUAAUUCCCCCUUAGUAACCAACCCAGAGCUUUUCCCUCUGUUUUGGGGUUGUUUUUGGGGUUGUUUUGGGGUUUUUUGGUUUUUUUUUAAAGUCAUGGUUACUCUCAUGUCUUCUGUAUAUGUUGCACUGAAAGUUAAUAUUUAAUGUUUUAAUUUAUUUCGCCUGGUUUAAAUUAAUUUUGAUUCCUAUAAAGAUGUUCUUGUCAUCGCC